GUCAAGGACCUCAUUCCCUAGACUGGUACUCGUCGUAAACUGGUGGACUUGGCUCUAAUGACUUAAACUCGGUGUAACUGUUUUGUCCAUUUCAAUACUGAGGUUAAGCCAUGUGGAAUUGUGUCAAAAAUGUUGUUUUCUUACUUCUGAGUAUAGGCUGCGUGAAUGGACAACUGAGGUAUCCUCGACCAGGGGUAACAGCGCCUCUGGGACACGAUCUGUUAUCCAGAAACCACCAAGAUCAAUUUCCCAGCAUGCUGCACUUCCAAAUGCCAACCCAAGACAUGGUCGCCGAGUUAGCAACCGAAGGGGGCAGUGUCUCAGGACUUAGACAGAAACUUUUAGAACGUCUCCUGAUCAACAAUCAGCUCCAACAGAUGACGGGACAGGGAACCGGAAGUGCUAUGAACUUUGGGAGCGCGUCGUUUGGCGCACCGUCUCUAGGAGGGGCCAAUCUCGGUGGGGGAAUGUUCUCCGCGGGGGGAUUGAGUGACCCCGGAAUGGGUCUUUUGGACACCUCAGGUUUGUUGACCAGGAGCCCACAACCUCCAUCACUCAACUUUGCAUCUCUUCUCGAUUCCAUGUCUCCCCCAAGGGCCUCCUUUUCAAAACCUAGCAACACGAAAAUUCUGAGUCGUUCUGCAGCAAUCCAGAACUUGCAGCGACGACUGGAUGCGAUGAGGGGGAAUCAGCUCCCUGAAACUCAACUGAAGGGAGGAAUAGCGUUCCAGACGCCGGCACGUGACCAAGGUCUGAACGACAACAUCAUCAGCCAAACUCGGAAAGAAACGCCAAACGCUUCUGUAAAGAUAACAGUCAAACGUACCACCCAGACAUCGGGCCAAGUCCAGGCUCCUUCCAUGAUGCCUGCAGUUCAAGACACGUUCAGCGCGGCGUCUCUUCGCAACACUGUCCCUAAGUCACAAGCGGUGUUCCAGUCCUCUCCUGUGCUGCGAGUCCAACCGUCUUCCCAGCCCUCGGCACCGCCAGUAACUGCGAUCGCACAGGCUGCGGCGGUUCCCACGGUGGCUGCCCAGUCAGCUCAACUUGCGACUGCUAGUCUAGCCAACGUGGCUGGAGCAGCAGCGAUGACUUCUGCAUCAUCGGUCGCCGCCGCCAAAUCAAUGCAGAAUCACAUCUCCGAUAUGAUGGAUACGAAAAUGGAUAUGAUGAGUGACAUGGCGGAAGCCGGGAUGCUUGGUGGUGGUAUGAUGGGAAUGGGUAUGGGUAUGGGCGGGAUGGGUGGGAUGGGCGGAUUGGGCGGUCUCGGUGGUAUGGCAGGUUUGUCUGGGCUAGGCGGGAUGCCCGAUAUGAUGGGUGGGUUGUCUGGAAUGGGCGGUAUGGGCAUGGGUAUGGAUAUGGGCAUGGGGAUGAGUGGGAUGGGCAUGGGGAUGGGAGGUCUAGGAAUGGGCGGUCUAAUGGGCGGAGGGAUGGGUGGGUUAAUGGGCGGAGGGUUCGGUAAUCUAGGAAUGAUGUCUGCAUUUACGUGAGGUAUCCAAAAACACGCAUCUGUCUGGAAAUGCACAUGUAUGGGGUGAAAUCUCGUAAGGAUACCAUCGACCGAUUGUUUGAGAUGAGUUUAUGAAUGAUGUAAGCCAUGUUUCAAUGAUCACGCUGCUUCAGGAUGCAACCCAAGCUACCCACUAAAGUUUUCUAUUUAACAGAAUCAACAUAACGUAAAACUGUUUAAUAAGCAUCAUCAGCCGAUAGAAACAUAGGCAAUUGAAUAUAUUUUAUAUCAAGUUGCUAUUACAAUAUAUAUUAUGUUGCUUCAAAUAUUUCUAUGAAAUGUGCUGUUGUUACGUUAUACACUAGCCAGGUAUGUUUUGGAGCAAUGUGAAUAUUUCUAAUUCUGUAAAAUUUCUUCUUUAAGAUAAAUGUACCACUCUUGGUGAUGUAAUUUGGAACGCAAUCUGACAAAACUGAAACCAUUUCCAUGUUCUCAUUUCUACUGUGCUUUCAUUUCGCUUUUACUCAUAAUGUAUUGUUUUCUUCAUCAGUAGCUUUUUUUAUUAUAUACAUGUCAUCUCUCUAGAUAGAUUUAUCCGAUUCCCGAUGUAAAUAAACUUAUUUAUUGUUUUCUUAAUAAACUAUUACCAUGCAAAACAAUAUUCUUUAAGGUUAUUUUUU